AUGAAUUUGGAUACUAACUUGCUCAAAGAAUAUGAACUUAAGACAGUAAUAGGUGAAGGAGGAUUUGCUCAAGUGUUUUUAGCCAAACAUUUACCAAGUAACUCAGAUGUUGCAAUAAAAGUGAUUCCAAAAAACGUCGCAAACGAACCUGAUCAUCUCAAAUAUAUCAAUAAAGAAAUUCAAAUUCUCCGCGAAAUCAAACAUCCUUUCAUUUGCGGACUUUAUGAAGUUUUAGAAUCAAGCGAAUAUUUAUAUAUUGUCCUCGAGUAUUUAGAAAAUGGUACAUUACUUGAUGAAAUAAAUCUAAAUGGUCCACUAAAGGAAAGGGACUCAGCCAUAGUCUUCGCAGAAAUCAUGCUCGCUCUAAAAUAUCUUCAUACAAAGGUUCAUAUUGUUCACAGAGAUUUGAAAGCGGAAAAUGUCCUUUACGAUGGUAAUCAUAACAUUCGAAUUAUAGAUUUCGGUUUUGGAAAAGAAAUGGAUCCAGAUCAAUAUUUUCAGACUCAAUGUGGGUCGUUAUUCUAUGCCGCUCCAGAAAUCAUUCAAGGACAGAAAUACUCAUACUCCGUAGAUAUUUGGAGCGCUGGGAUAUUACUCUUUGCAUUGAAUUCAGGCUUCCUUCCCUUCGACGAUCAGAAUCUUGCAAAGCUUGCACAAAAGAUCAUUUAUCAAGAAGUAACAUAUCCAGCUUAUUUCUCAGUAUCACUUAGAGAUCUUCUCACAAAAAUGUUGAACAAAGAUCCGGUUCAAAGGCCUUGCGUUGAUGAGAUUUUGCAACACCCAUAG